AUGGCCACUUCCAAGUCAGGAUUGGAUCUCAUCCAUGCCUUGAAAGCCUCAUCGGACCCUCCAGUUCACGGAGAAAAAUCAAAAAUCGACAUUGCGACAGAAGCAUGGAAUGACCAGUCAUUUUACCUCCCGGGCAAGGCUGAACUUCUAGGGGAUUUUAUUCUGACGCGCUUCGCGAAGGAUAAGGAAAACGAUUCAGCAACGAGCUCCCUGUUAGACAUACGUUACUGGACGCUUCUUCUUGCUCUCUUCUCGUCGGCUGGAUCACACCCGUCUUCGACAAAAUCAUGGCUAUCUUCGAGUAUCAACAGCUUUCCUGUUGCUUCGGUCCUCGCCAAGUUCUUGAAACACUAUACUACCAGACCGUUACCCUCGCCGGACUUAAUCUCCGUGUCUUCCAAAUGUUUUUCCACGCUGUGGUCACUAGCAGGGCCCAAACUCCCUAUGGACGCCAUCCUCGACUGCUUUACCAGUUUCCUCGAGUUCACAACACGUAUUGAAUACGAGGGAAAUGUUGUGCGGCUUGGUUUCGCCAUUGUGUCUACCCUGCGGGGGACAUUUGGGAAUUUGGCAAACAAGAAGAAGUGGUACAUCACCUAUAUCCAUCACAAUCUACACCCCUGGUUAGAAUACUGCCAAGAAGUGCAGGAAACUCGAUACUCCGCCCUUAGAGACGCGGUGUACGGCGUCGGCACAGAUAUUAUAUUCAACGUCGAAUCCAUGAAGGCUUCCCUGGAUCGUGACGACGACACUCUGUUCUCGGCGCUGAAGGACGUCAUUGUGCAAGCACCGUUGAUGAUGCAAGUAUUGCCUCGUCUUUAUCGGUCUUAUAUCCAGGCUCUCAAGACAAAUAAACAUGCUCUGUUUGAUCAAGGCUCCAGUCGUUUGACCCCAAGCGUUACACAGAAAGUGGCUGCAGAAGCCCUGGCCUUCUAUGCUUGGUGUCGAUCGUUACUGGACCCGCUUGAUGUUGAUCGAGUAAACGCGUCGACAAGAGUUGCUUUGCUUUCUCUGAUUCAAGAGGAUAAAUUGUACCUCCCUUCGCAAUUUGACGCAGAAAUCACCCUAAAAAAGGACGUGGAAAUCGCUAUAGCCCAGCUCCAGACUGGCGUGGAAGAGGAAAUACAGCGAUCUGCCAUCGAAUGCCUGAAUACUCUGACGCGUAUCGAUUAUGAGUUAGUCAGCUUUGCAUUGUCGCCGCUACUGACGCGGUUGCUUCUGUUGUCCACCUCGCCAGCCUUCAAACUCCUCGAUCUCCUGAUUGAUUAUCACGCGAAGUCACGGUCGAUAGACGUCUACGUACACAACGUCUUCGAGGUCUUAGACCCCACGCACAUCACCGCACUUGGAAACGACGGUCCGAAAUUAUACCAGGCUUCUUCCUCCGGAGCGUUAUUACAUUCAACGCAUUUGGACCACCUGGGGAGAAGCAUCCGGAGUUUUGCAACCCCCAAUCAGACAAAAGGACUCGUAAAAUAUAUUGUUACCCACCUGCAGGACGCCUGGAGCAGAUACGAAGAGGCUGCAGCUUCAUCCAGUAAUGGUGGUAGCGGCAAGAAAGCUAGAGUCUCGGAAUGGGACAUAGCGUCUACCAUUUACACCCACUCAGCCAGACUCUCGGCCAUCGUCCUCUCGUCUCUGUCUAUCAACUCGGUACCCUCUGAGCAACGUAGCGAAAUCGUCAAAGACGUGGAUGAAGCCAGCGAGCUCUUAGUCAAGACUGUCCUUGGCAAAUUACUGAAGGUAUCUAGGUGGCAGAAGUCUCCCACCGCUUGGUCUGCGCAGAUUGUGGCCGCAGCUGCUUUGCGUCUACACUACUCUUUACGCAUAGAUCCUAAGUGGAUUCUGACGCGCUCCCCCACCAAGUUACUCUCCAAGGCAGCCGACGCUUUCCAGAAGCAAUACUUGCUUCCGGAAUUGAGUUUCGAACUGUUCCGCACGUUGAUGUUCUUCGGCGUUGACCCGCCUGAAAUUCGUCAAGAUGCAUUAGAUCGUGCUCUGACUUAUAUCGUUGCCCAGCCCAAUGAUACCACCGCUAUUUGGAAUGGACAGACUCAUUUCCUGACCCAAACUGAGGAAGGCAGCCGGCAACUAUCCCUUGCUUUUCUCCACUUAAUCAUUCAACGUUGGCUUCCAUCGAUCGAUUCACCUCAGUUUGAACCACAAUUGAGAAAGCUUGCGGAUAUCACCCUCUCGACGGAUGUCAGCGUUCCCAUUGGGCACGGACUGUCCGUCACGGCGAUCAUAACGCAGGAGCUGCAGUCAGCGCAGACAUGGGAAUUACCAAAUUUUCGCAAGGUGUUGAUAGCGUCGGUCAUGGAGGGGACAUCGACGAAAGAAUCGCCGCAAUCAGAUUUGGUGUUUCAAAUUCUCCUCCUUUUCCCGACAGAUUAUCUCCCUAAAUCCUCUCGCAUCGAAUUGAUCAAGCGAGCGCAGAAUCUCGACUUCGACGCCAACAAUGAGCUAACACGUCUAAUAUUACGCACUUUCCUGGCCAAGGAAUUAGUACAGCCUGACUCCCUCCUUCAUGAUGCAUCAGAAUUCGUCUACCAUUUACUUCAUUGUCAAGGGAUGUAUAACCAACUGCGAACAGUCACAAUGGAUCUGGUUGGGCUUUACUUACGGAAUGCUAUGAGGGACAACAAAUCUGCUACCCUCUCCAAAAUUCUGGAGCUAUUAUCACACUUUGAUUUGGUUCGAACUUCCGUCGGUCGCGACCUUGGGAAGCAAUUGGUGGAUGCAUUGAGCGAGUAUCAAAGAGAGAGUCUAUCAAAAGAGACACAAGGCGACCUUUUGUCGUUCCAUCAACGAUGGCUUGCGGCUGUCUCUUACCACUUGGAAACGUUCAUCGAGAACAAUAACGGGACUUUGCCUGAGAUAUCAAUAUUGCUUACCUGGGUCCACGUGCUGUCUCUGGGACGAUGGUUAGAAUCACCGACGACUGGCCGGUUUGUGAAGCUGGGUCAAUUGUUGGUAAAGAAGCUUCAGCGAGAGGAAGCGACAAGCGAGCACUGCACAGCCUGCCUUGCUAUCCUCAUCGGAGAGCUAGAUUACUAUGAAGAAACCGAACUUCCAAACCAAUUAGAGACGCUUCUAGCCACAUACGUUGUGUUCCAUCCCAGAAUCAGUUCCACAGACAACACAUUGAUAGACUCACGGCUAGCUGGGUACAUUCGCACUUCAUCGACUGCACUAUUCUCCCAUGUCCUGGAUCAGCUUGCUUCUCUGUUCACCGCUGAGGUGCUCCAGAGUAGCCGCGGUACAUCGUUGCUGCAUCUUGCUAGCGUUCUUCUUCACGACCCUCCACAAGGAAGUCUGAAAGCCACACAAAAGUUUAGUUCGGAGUGCUUCAGAGUCUUUGCUGACGCCAUAACGAAUACGCCUCGGUCGAGGCAACAACAAGUAUUAGCGUUCAUCUCGAUUUGUUGCUCCGAAAGACCUGCUGUCCUACGACCGACGGAUACUGGGAAUCUUUGGUCUACUCUGGCGAAGAUGGUCGCAAAUUCCAAACUGCACGAUGGGCACACUUCGUAUCCCAUGUUCCAGCAAAUUAUUGCCAUCAUCAGUACAAUUGUGCGACUUCGUCGGGAUCUGUUGGUCAAUAACCUCCCGCAACUGGGGCACACCCUUGCCCGACUUUUAUUAUGUCUGAGAACGACUCGACAUAAUCUUGGGGCCAUGCAGAAAUCGAUGGUGCUGGAUACAUUCCCCCAAUGGAUCACGGCCGAUGAACCUCUGACUGUCCGGGAAGCCAAAGCACUCGCGAGACUGCUAGAAAAUAUCAACGCGAAGACGGUUGUGCGCAACAACGCAGCACAUCAGGAGCUCCAGAAAGCAGAGUCACUAGCGAAGCCGUUUUCAAAACAUGCAUCCUACAUUCUUAAGGCUUACGUUACCGUCAUGAACGACCCCCUUUGCCUACUUCCCCUACCGAUACGGAAGGAACUACGUUCAGGCCUCUUUGUUCUCUGUGGCAUGGUCAACGACCAUUCCAGAGAUGCCAUCAUGGUUUCCCUUGAUGUAGGUGGAAAAUUGACUUUGAAGUCGUUGUGGCAGGAGUACGAAAAGCAACGAUAUCAUGGUCAAGGGUAG